GAGGAACCUCAGACUGUGAGGGACGGUGCCGUCCUUCCAACAGAUAAGAAGUUUCCCUGUACUGAGUGCGGGAAGAGUUUCCGUUAUAAAUCCAGUCUUAAUGUUCAUAAAAGAUCCCACACAGGUGAUGAACCACAUUCCUGCCCUGAGUGCGGGAAAUGUUUUUCAAAAAAGUCCCGUCUUUCCAGACAUCAGAGAUCUCACACAGGGGAAAAACCAUAUUCCUGUCCUGAGUGCGGGAAAUGUUUUUCAGCCAAGUCAUAUCUUUAUGAUCAUCAGAGAUUACACACGGGUGAGAAGCCGUAUUCCUGUCCUGAGUGCAGAAAAUGUUUUAUGAGAAAAGCAGAACUUGUCAUACAUCAGAGGUCUCAUACCGGGGAAACACCAUAUUCCUGUUCUGAGUGCGGGAAAUGUUUUUCAAGGAAAUUCAAUCUUUAUGGACAUCGGAGAUUGCACACAGGUGUAAAGCCAUAUUCGUGUUCUGAGUGUGGGAAAUGUUUUGUACAAAAAUCAGAACUUGCCAGACAUGAGAGAUCUCAUACAGGGGAGAAGCCGUUUUCUUGCUCUGAAUGCGGGAAAUGUUUUUCACAGAAGUCCCAUCUUUACGCACAUCAGAAAUUGCACACGGAUGUGAAGCCUUAUGUCUGUUCUGACUGCGGGAAAUGUUUUUCACAAAAAAGCAAUCUUUACAGGCAUCAGAGAUUGCACACAGGUGAGAAGCCGUAUUCUUGUCCUGAGUGCGGGAAAUGUUUUUUAUCUAAGUCCAGUCUUAUUAAUCAUCAGAGAUCGCACACAGGAGAGAAUAUGUAUUCCUGUUCUGAGUGCGGAAAAUGUUUUGUACACAAAUCGGUACUUCUUACACAUCAGACGUCUCACACAGGUGAGAAGCCAUAUUCCUGUCCUGAGUGCGAGAAAUUUUUUUCACAUAAGUCCGAUCUCAGCAAACAUCAGAAAUUGCACACAGGUGAGAAGGUGGAUUCCUGUUCUGAGUGCGGGAAAUGUUUUAUGCGAAAAUCAGAGCUUAUUACACAUCAGAGAUCUCACACGGGGGAAAAGCCGUAUAACUGUCCUGAGUGCGGAAAAUGUUUUUCACGGAAGUCCAAUCUUUACAGACAUCAGAGAUCUCACGUGGGGAAAAGCCGCAUUCCUGCCCUAAAUGAGGGAAAUGUUCCUCAGGGUGAAGAUCUGAUAGACAUAAAAGUUGAAGUUAAGGCAGAAGAAGAAGAAACGUAUCCACACAGUGUAGAUGGACCAUCGUAUUCCUCUUAUCCUGAGGAACCUCAGACUGUGAGGGACGGUGCCGUCCCUCCAACGGAUAAGAAGUUUACCUGUACUGAGUGCGGGAAGUGUUUCCAUUUUAAAUCCAAUCUUAAUGUGCAUAUAAGAACUCACACAGGUGAGGAGGCGUAUUCCUGUCCUGAGUGCGGGAAAUCUUUUCUAAAGACAUCACAACUUAUCUCACACCAGAGAUCUCACACAGGUGAGAAGCCAUUUUCCUGUCCUGAGUGCGGUAAAUCUUUUUCACGGAAGUCAUAUCUUUGCAGACAUCAGAGACUGCACAUGGGAUUGAAGCCGCAUGCCUGUCCUGAGUGUGGGAGAUGUUUUUCAAAAAAGGCAAAUCUUUACACGCAUCAGCGAUUGCACACAGGAGAGAAGCCGCAUGCCUGUCCCGAGUGUGGGAAAUGUUUUUCACAGAUGUCCAUUCUUUACAGACAUCAGAGAUUACACACAGGAGAGAAGCCGUAUUCCUGUGCUGAGUGCGGGAAAAGUUUUGUACAAAAAUCACUGCUUGUUGCACAUCAGAGGUCUCACACGGGAGAAAAGCCGUAUUCUUGUCCUGAGUGUGGGAAAUCUUUUUCAAGGAAGUCCAGUCUUUACUUACAUCAGAUAUCUCACAUGAGGGAGAAGAAUCUUUUAUGAGUGAGGGAAUUGUUUCUCACUGAAGUCCUGUCUUCCUGUACAUCAGGGAUCCCACACAACCCUUGAGGUGUA